AGCUCGAGGUAGCUCAGCUCGCCGUCCAGCGGGCCGCCCGCCUCACCAAGCGCGUCUUCCACGAGAAGGCCAAGGGCACCGUUUCCAAGGACGACAAGUCCCCUGUGACCAUUGGCGACUUUGGCGCUCAGGCGCUCAUCAUCAGCGCCCUCAAGGCCAACUUCCCUUCGGACGAGAUCGUGGCUGAGGAGGAGGCCGCUCAGCUGCGCGAGGACACCCCCCUGCGGGACCAGAUCUGGGAGCUCGUCAAGUCCACCAAGCUUGACGAUGAGGCUGCCGAGCAGCUCCUUGGCGGCGCCAUCAAGGAUGCCGACGCGAUGCUGGAGAUCAUCGACCAGGGCAACAGCAAGGGCGGCGCCAAGGGCAGGAUAUGGACUAUCGACCCCAUCGACGGCACCAAGGGCUUCCUGCGCGGUGGACAGUAUGCCGUGUGCUUGGGGCUGAUGGUGGACGGUGAUGUCAAGGUCGGCGUCCUCGGCUGCCCGAACCUGCCUGUGGACGACGCUGCGCCGUUGACUGCGGAUAUCGGCACCAACGCGACCGAUGAGGGCCGGGGUGUCAUCUUCUCGGCUGUUCAGGGCCAGGGCGCGACUAGCAGACCCCUGGGCACCGCCGGUCUUGCGGAGGGCAAGUCCAUUGCGAUGAAGCCUAUCACAGAGAUGUCCAACGCGAGCUUCUGCGAGAGCGUGGAGGCGGGUCACUCGGAUCAGGGCGUGGCUGGACAGAUUGCGCAGAAGCUCGGGAUCACCAAGCCUAGUGUGCGCAUGGAUUCCCAGGCCAAGUACGGGUCUAUUGCUCGCGGCGCGGGUGAUAUCUACCUCCGUCUGCCUACUUCCAAGUCUUACCAGGAGAAGAUCUGGGAUCACGCUGCUGGAGAUCUGAUUGUGCGUGAGGCUGGUGGUCAGGUUACCGACGUGAGUGGAAACCGCCUGGAUUUCAGCGUCGGCCGCACGUUGGCUGAAAACAAGGGUGUCAUUGCGGCGCCUGCUGCGGUCCACGACCAGGUCAUCAAGGUCGUUCAGGAAGUUCUCGGGCAGCAGUAAAGCCUCAUGUCAUAGUGUACAGGUUAUGGCAGGUAUCGGGCCGUAAAGAGGCCAUGUGUGUGCCAAAAAAUAAUAGACUAAAUGUACAAUAUUCCCCCCUUAUCAUCAUCAACAACCAUAUCAACCACCAAAACCCACCGCGCGUCCUCUAUUUGAUCUUCUUCUGCUUCAACUUGAUGGUCUCGCCGUUGACAAAGAUACCCUUACCCUUGUAGGGUUCCGGUACACGCCACCUCCUGAUAUCAGCGGCGAAGGUCAUGACCUGCUCUCUGUUGAUGCCCUCAAGCAGGAUUCUUGUCGGCUGCGGCGUGCUGGCCUUCAUGCCCUUGGGAACGCCCAUCUCGACGGGGUGGGAGAAGCCGAGCUUGAGGCAGACGAACUGCUGGCCGGGGUAUUCCUCCUUCUCGGGGCGGGUGUCGAUUGUAGCUCUGUAACCGAUACCGACCAGGCGCAACACGGCCGUGUGACCUUCUGAUACACCCAUAAUGAAGCGGUUAAGGUACGCCCAUGU